CCCAUACUGCUUCUGUUAUUUAGCUAGGCAGAGAGAAAGGAAGUACUAGCGACAGGCUAGCUGGUUAGCCGGUCUGAAACCACACAGUCUGUCAGGUCUUCUGAGUCUAUUUUACCUCAGACCCUUCUCUUCUUUGUGUAAUAUAAGCGUAUAAGACCCUUUUUUUUCGGUUCAUGUUGUUUCCACCCCGGUUUCAAAACUGCAAGCUCAACUCUCAACCUUUGUCUGUCGGGGACUCCACCGUUGUUAGCCUGGUUUAUACAAGUCAGUCUUGGUUUAUUCAAAGGAGAAAGAAAACCACAAACUGAAAAGCGGAGACUUGGUUUUCAAUAUUUUUUUUCACCAGUUGGUUGAAUCGCGGGGAAUGCAAUCAAGGAUUACACCAAGACAAUGAGAAAUACAAUCGCUAAAGGUGCUGCGUGGUGAGCAGGAAGCAGUGGGUGCGGCAUGCUGAGGCCACUCCCCCUGGCCCAGGAUGAGUGUCAGAGAUGGCGCUGCCACCAUGGCAACGAACGCUGGUGGAGGAGGAGGGGGAGGCGGGCCAGCUUGCCCCAACGAUCAUGAUGGCCGCUCAUACCUGCUCCAGAUCUACCCACGGUUGGCUGCCCAGUCCACCACCUGCUGCAACCUUAGAGUGCAGAAAGAUGCGACAGCAGCCUCCGUGAUCUCAGACGCUGCCAUAGCACUUGGGCUGGACCCUGGUCGAAUGUAUGUGCUGGCAGAGGUGAAGGAAUGUGGCGGAGAGGAGUGGGUGCUCGAGGCUGGAGACCUGCCAGCGCAGAGGUUUCUGCUGUGGCCUCGGAAAGCCCAAGAGCAACACCCUCAGAGCCUUGGCUUUUACUUCUUACUACAGGAGAGGAACCAUGAUGGCACUAUCCAUUAUGUCCACCUUCCACCUGUGACUAAGGAGCAGGAAGCACAGCUAGCCGCCAGGGGCUUCCUUCCUCCUCCACAGGACGACUUUGCAGACCUCUGCAACCUCCCCGUCCUCAAUGAGGACAGCAUAUUAAACAACCUGCGCAAGCGCUUUUACGAGAAAAAAAUCUACACCUAUGCAGGCAGCAUCCUCAUCGCCAUCAACCCUUUCAAGUUCCUGCCCAUCUACAACCCUAAGUACGUCAAGAUGUACGAGAACCACCAGCUGGGCAAACUGGAGCCUCAUAUUUUUGCUAUCGCAGAUGUGGCCUACUACGCUAUGCUCAGGAAGAGGGUCAACCAGUGCAUCGUCAUCUCUGGGGAAAGUGGCUCAGGCAAGACCCAGAGUACCAACUUCUUGAUCCACUGUCUGACUGCGCUCAGCCAGAAGGGCUAUGCCAGUGGGGUGGAGAGGACCAUACUGGGAGCUGGACCGGUCCUGGAGGCCUUUGGAAACGCCAAAACCGCCCACAACAACAACUCCAGCCGCUUUGGUAAAUUCAUUCAGGUGAAUUACCUGGAGAGUGGAGUGGUCAGAGGGGCUGUGGUAGAGAAGUAUCUCCUGGAGAAGUCUCGUCUGGUUUCCAGAGAGAAGAACGAGAGGAACUACCACGUGUUUUACUACCUGUUGUUGGGAGCUUCAGAGGAGGAAAGGAAGGAGUUCAAGCUGCUGCCGCCUGAAGACUACUUUUACCUCAAGCAGCAAAACUUUAAAAUAGAAGAUGAAGAAGACCUGCGUCAUGAUUUUGAAAGGCUGCAGCAGGCAAUGGAGAUGGUUGGCUUCCUUCCCGCCACCAAGAAGCAGAUCUUUUCUGUGCUUUCGGCCAUCUUGUAUCUGGGAAACGUGACCUACAUGAGGAAGUCGACCGGCAGAGACGAGGGGUUGGACGUCGGACCACCAGAGGUCCUGGCUACACUCUCUGACCUGCUGAAGGUUAAAGAGGAGCUGCUGGUUGAGGCGCUGACAAAGAGGAAAACGGUGACCGUCAACGACAAGCUGAUCCUCCCUUACAGCCACUCUGAGGCUAUCACAGCCAGAGACUCCAUGGCCAAAUCUCUGUACAGCGCCUUGUUUGACUGGAUCGUCCUGCGCAUCAAUCACGCACUGCUUAACAAGAAAGAUAUGGAGGAAUCUGUUCCAUGUUUGUCCAUCGGUGUCCUGGACAUUUUUGGCUUUGAGGACUUUGAGACCAACAGCUUUGAGCAGUUCUGCAUCAACUAUGCAAAUGAGCAGCUGCAGUAUUAUUUCAACCAUCACAUCUUCAAUCUGGAGCAGGAGGAGUACCAAGCAGAGGGAAUCACCUGGCACAACAUCGACUACACAGACAAUGUGGGCUGUAUCCAUCUCAUCAGCAAGAAGCCCACUGGCCUGCUCUACCUGCUGGAUGAGGAGAGCAACUUUCCCCAUGCCACAGAUGAGACAUUACUAGCCAAAUUCAAGCAGCAGCACCAGGGGAACAAAUACUUUGUCCCCACACCAGUCAUGGAGCCUGCAUUCGUCAUUCGACACUUUGCUGGGAAAGUCAAAUAUCAAAUCAAGGAUUUCCGGGAGAAGAACACAGACCACAUGCGUCCAGACAUUGUGGCGUUGUUGCGGAGUAGCGACCGUGCAUAUGUGCGGCAGCUCAUCGGCAUGGACCCGGUGGCCAUGUUUCGAUGGGGCAUCCUGCGCGCCACCAUCAGAGGCAUUACUGCUUUUAACGAAGCGGGCCGCUCCUGGGCCACCAAAACUUCAGGUGUUGUCCGUCCAAUCUCCAGAACUCCUUUAGGAGAGCUUCAGCGAUCCAAUGCCCCAAUAGACAGAAUGUACAAACGAGCUUCUAUGCUCGAUUUCUACUUUGAUCACUCAGAGGAGCGCCCUCUAGAGGCCUUUGAAGACAUCUUUGCUAGCUAUGAGAGUAAGAAAGACAUGCAUGCAGAGAUCAUCAGCUCCAUUAAGAACUUGCCGUUGGAUGGUGAGGACCCUCGAAAGCUGCUGCAGUCCUGGGGUCGCCUCCGCUUCCCUCGACACGUCCUCCAGAAAAACAAGCACACCAAACAGCGGCAGGUCAUUCCCAAGAGAUUGCUGGAUUCUCGGUCUCUGAAGUUCAUUGUGAGCCUGACACUGCAUGAUCGCACCACCAAGUCCCUGCUCCACGUGCACAAGAAGAAGAAGCCCCCCAGCAUCAGUGCCCAGUUCCAGACCUCUCUGACCAAACUCUUGGAGACUCUGAACAGAGCAGAGCCGUUCUUCAUUCGUUGUAUCCGCUCCAAUGCUGAGAAGAAGGAGAUGCAUCUGGAUGAGGCCUUGGUGGUUCAGCAGCUGCGAUACACAGGAAUGCUGGAAACUGUUCGCAUCAGGAGAUCAGGCUAUGGAGCCAAGUACACAUUCCAGGAGUUCAUAGAGCAGUUCAGGGUUUUGCUGCCAAAGAACGCUGCUGCCUCUAAAGAGGACAUCUCAGCGCUGCUUGAGAAGAAGAUGGGCCUGGAUCCCACCACGUACCAGAUAGGCAAAACUAAGGUGUUCUUAAAGGAGCUGGAGCGACAGCAGCUGCUGGACACGCUGCACAAGGAUGUAAUGCGGAAGAUCAUCUUCCUUCAGCGCUGGUGCAGAGGUCGCCUGCAGAGAAAAGAGUUUCUGGACAUGAGACAGGCAGCCAUCUUGAUACAGCGUUCAUGGCGCAGGUACUGCAAAGAGGAGCAAUGGCGGCGGGCAGCCGCUUUGAUCCAGGCUGCGUGGAGAGGGCACAGACAGAGAUCAGCGUACCACCGCCAAAGACAGGGCGCUACCAAAAUACAAGCCCUGGUCAGAGGACACUCAGCACGCAGAAGGUGCCACUCUAUGCGUGAGGAGAAACAGAGAAAGGAGGAGGAGGAAAAAGAAGCUCUGAAAAGGGCAGAAGAAGAGGAAAGGAGGAGGAGGGAAGAAGAGGAGGAGGCAAGGAGAAGAGCACAAGAGGAGGAAGAAAGGAGGCAGAUGGAAGAAGAGGCAGCAAGGAGAAAGGCAGAAGAGGAGGAAGCAAGAAUGAGAGCAGAGGAAGCUGCCAGGAAAGCGCAGGAAGCACAAAAAAAGAGAGAGGAAGCGGAGAAAAGACUGGCAAGCGAGCCUCAAACAAGAGAGUAUCCGGAUAUAGAGCUGGUCACAGAGGAGAUGCUGGCUGACAUCCUCCCUGUCCAGGAGACAGAGGAGGAGAGAGGAGAGGUUCACACAAGCUCACACACAGAGGAGGAACAGGGCAAGGAUGAAGAGCUGGAGGAUGAGGAUGAAGAAUUGGAGACCAACGGUACUAUGGCUGAGGCUGGACCCCAGCUUGAUGAGAAAGAAGAUUAUGAGGAUUUAAGACUGCCCUCUGAUGGGGUUACCUCCAACGCACUUACACCCACAUGUCCAGCUGAGGGGUUGGAUAAACAGGCUCCGGGCAAUACCUCCACACCUUCCAAUGCUGAACUAAAGAGAGCACAUGCUCCAGCUAUUAGCAGGGGCCUGUCAUCCAGGAGCCAGGAGAAGAGAGAGCAGAGGAGACGAAGAGGACUGGAGCACAACCAGAGAGAGACUGAACGAGCCGCCUCCACUUCCGCCACCUCAGACAGCAGCAAGGAUCAAACAUCCCCGCCGAAGAGCAAAAGCCAGGAGCCCUCUAAGCUAAAAGAGCGGGCAGAUAGCAAAGAGCUGGACCAGUACACAUUUGUGGCCUGGAAAAUGAAGGAAGACAAAGGAGGGAAGAAGGAGGCAAAAACGUCUCCUCCUACCGCCGGUCCUGUUCGUCCGUCUUCGUUACCCCUGCACACCACUGACCCUGGGCCUGACAGAAACGGUUUAGGCGAUGUUGUCGGAGCAACAAACCUGCAACGCCGUCCUGUGGUGGUUAAGGAUAAGUGGAGGGGGAGGAGGAGUGAUGGAGAUCCUGAGAACAUCAGCCCUCCUCCACCUCACAACAGAGAGGAAAGGGGGAAAAAACAACCACUGAGCGAAACAGCCACCUCAUCAGUUGACAGUUUGUCUCCAGGUUCUGAUGGGGCUGGGGCUUUUUCAGCCAGAGAGAUGAUUUCCCUCUCAGAAAGCCAUGAUGGCUCAAAGGGAAGCUCCAUCAGAAGGAAACCCCAAGGUGGUUCUGGUCACCAAGACUCGGCACAUUCCAUCCCAUCCACACCAGACAGGUCAGGUGGUUUCUUCAGCAAGAUUUUGAAAAAACGACCGCACAAGGAGGCCCACACGCCAGACAACGGAGAGUUGACACUUGCUCAGAUUCUCAAUGAGAGGCCGACGGGAGGGGAAGCCACGACGUCCGGACAUCCAUCUCGUCCUCUGUCCCAGCCCCCUGUGGACCGUUCUGGUAAAGGUUUAACCCGCAACCCAACCAUAAAGAUCAGUCGUGCCACACGGGUCUCAGAGCAGUGGAACGCCUCGCUGGAUCGGGAAAUCACCAACGCUAACGAGCUGCGGCACCUCGAUGAGUUUCUGGGCAACCAGGUCAAUGAUUUCCGCUCCAGGGGGAAGUCGCUGUCAGCCACAGAGGCCAUCUUUGUUACAGCCACCAUGCAGUUCAGAGAGACAAUCAAAGCCAUGUAUUCUCUCCCAAGACCCACCAUUGGCUACAAAGGUCUGAUGACGGGCUACCAGAACAAAGUCAUCCACCUGGCAGGCGACAAGCAGAAAGGAGAAGUCCAGCUUGUGGUCAACCUCUUCCAGUCGGUGCUGGAUGGCUUCAUCAGAGGAGAGAUGAAGAAGGAGGAGGCUGAGCCUGCAAAGCCUGCUAAAGCUAGGAAGAAGAGGAGGAAAAAAGAUAAAAGUGUGGAGAGCCCUCUGGAUCAUGUUUUCGUCAACUAUCAGGUCAACAUUAUGCAGUCGUGUGACCAGUGUAUUUCUUACAUCUGGGGCAUGGAGAAGGCCUACAUGUGCAGCUAUUGUAAAAUGGUGUGCCACAAGAAGUGCCUUUGCAGAAUAAUCACGGACUGCUCCACCUUCUGCACCAAAAAGAGUGACGAGGAAUUUGCCGGUCUGCACUUUGGAGUGCGUGUGUAUCACCUGGUCAGCGAUAAGAACCCAGUACCCAUGGUGCUGGAGAUGAUGCUGGAGCACGUGGAGAUGCACGGCCUCUACACCGAGGGAAUCUAUCGCAAGUCUGGCUCUGCCAACCGCAUGAAAGAGCUACACCAGCGUCUAGAGACCGACCCCCACCUGGUCUGCCUCGAAGACUACCCCAUCCACACAGUGACGGGCCUGGUGAAACAGUGGUUGAGGGAGCUACCAGAUCCACUGUUGACCUUCACACAUUACAGUGACUUCCUGCAUACUGUGGAACUGCCAGAGAAGCAGGAGCAGCUUCAAGCUAUAUACAAAGUGCUGGAAGAGCUUCCUCCAGCAAACUUCAACACAUUGGAGAGACUCGUCUUUCACCUCGUCAGGGUGUGUAAAGAGGAGGCUUCCAACCGUAUGUCCCCUAACUCGUUGGCCAUAGUUUUUGCCCCGUGUAUCCUGCGCUGCCCAGACAGCGCUGACCCGCUGCUCAGCAUGAAGGAUGUUGCCAAGACCACCACCUGUGUAGAGAUGAUCAUCAACGAGCAGAUCAGACGCUACAAUGAGAAGAUGGAGGAGAUCGAGCAGCUGGAGUACGCGGAGGCUCUGGCUGUUAACCAGCUCAAACUCAAGAGACAGAACACGCACUACUGGCAUUUACCUCUCAGGUUCUCAGCUCCUUACAAGGGAGUGGUGGUGCAUGAGAAGGUCAGUUGUGAUCUCAGCGUGGUCCCUGAGAACGAGCCUCUGGACUCAGACACAGAGGCUGAGAAGAACCUGGUGGAACGCAUCAAGUCCAUCAAACAAGAGAAAGAUGAUCUGGCCUGCCGACUGCCGGAGAUGGAGCAGCCUGGUUCAGACCAGGAGAACUUUGACUCUGAAGCCUCGCUGAGCUCCGAGAGUCUGUUGGAUGAGCAGCAGCGCUCUUCUGUUCACGGUUCAGAGCCUGAAGGACGAGGUGGCUCCCUGCUGAGGAGAUACAGGCCAGCUUGUCCGCCCAAACCAUCAGACAUGGCCCAGCGACCUAAAGUCCCUGGUGGACGUGUCUCUCUGCUAAGCCUCACCCCUUCUAGCUCCACCUCCUCUUUGUCCAGCUGCGUUUCUUCAGCCUCUGAGUUAUCCACCGCCUCCUCCAGGCAUCCGCUGCAACGCCGCAACCCCAUCAUCCCAGGCACAGUUAAACUUCCGCCUGGCGUCCUCUCCCAGUCUGCGGCCUCAAGUCCAGCUCCGACUUGUACCAAUCCUAGAAAUGGAGCAUUAAAGUACUCGGUCAGGAGAAGGGAGCACCCAGGCCGCCGCAAAGACAGCACCCAGUCCCUGUACAUCGACAGCCCUGAGUGUGACCUGUUGUUGCAUUUUUCUUCCUCCUCCUCCUCCUCCAUUCCCAUGGUAACACCCUCUCCUCAGCACCAGCACCUCGAUACUCAAGCCACGAAGGGCCAGAGACGUUUUUCUGACCCAGACAUACCUUAUAUGGACGAUGAUGUCUGACCAGGGCAGAACAGGAAAGAUAGACAAGCGAAGAGGAUUACGGGCAACAACCUCCGAGUAGACAAAAGGAAAUGAGUUGCCACGUAUGACAAUGAUUGUAGAGAGCCAGGAGAGGAUAAGAAUCAAGAAUCACAGUAGACGAACAUAACCUCUACACGUGAACGUGAUGAGAUGUGCAGUAUCCACAGUGGAUCUACAAAGUUUACCAGACGUGACACAAAAUGGAGGCUGUUCAGUUGCUGUUGUGAGUGGGAACGAAUCAAGGAACUGCAAUGUGUCUAAAGUCUUGUUGUCCUCAAUGACAGUAAAAAUAACCGGACAAGAUGUUGCCAAGCACCUUUUCUACCAUUUUAAUAUAUUGUGGUGAUUGACUGAUGAGUUGGGACAGAGGCUGUUUUUUUUUGUCACCUCAUAAUGAUGGAGCAGCAAUUUUGUUUUCUUUCUCCUGUUUUAUUUUUUUUAAUCACAUGUGUGCUAAUUCAAGGAGAUAUUGCAGGUUCCAGCCACACUUUUCAUUUCUAAGUUCUCCUAAUGAGCAAAACAUGCUGAAACGUUAGCUAGUGCCUUGGUGAUGAAACUCAUUUCCCAUGUCAUGUUACAGAAUGUGCUCGCAGAGGGUGGGAGGGUUAUUUGGGAUUAAGAGAGGGAACCUUUGUCUUUUGUGACUUUUAUGUUAAUUGAACUGAACCGACACAAGACAUGUUUGAAACAAGGACCUAAACAUGCCCAUUGUGACUCUUGUGUAGGUGCUGCGUUACAACAGCUGCAAUGGACAACAUUGUCUUUCCACCUACCGCACAACAAACCCCGGAAAGAAAGUCGUUGCCUCGCAUAGCAAAGGGAAAUGGAAGCAGCACACGCCACUUUUUUUUCCUUUUGAAACAACAAAAACACAAACCCAGCCAUGAUGCAACAAGCCGUGCCACGGUGUCUUUAAAGGCUCCCAGUGCUUGGACUCACCUUACCCCUUUUCUAAAAUGAACUAGGCUUCACUCAGCUGUACCGUAGCUGCCGUUCAAAGUAAACAGUCCCAUAAUGAGCAGGUUCUGCUGGAGCACAGCUUUGGCCAACUUUGUAAUACUAAUCUUCAUCUCUGACUGCUGUUGAAUGAUGCCUGUUUAGUUUGUCUGUAUUAUGAGGAAGAUGUUCUGAUGUGUAAUGUGUAACAGAGAGUGUGUGGUUGGGACUGAAUGACGUGAACUGUAAUGGUUAUUAGUGUUAACAUGACAAUACAGAACGUGAUGCUUGUAAUA